AGAGUCACGUGAGCGCGAGCCGCCGCGGGCCGGGCUCCUCUGUCCCGGAGCAGCGGCGGCCGCAGCUCUAUGGUCUCCUGAGGAGUCCCCCGCCGGGGAGCGGGCGAGACGCGAGGACGGGAUGUUUUGUCUUCGUUUUUUCCCUGCUGUGGCAGGGUUGGCUGUUGUUUCCCGACGGUACCAUGGAUCAUCACAGCUUACCCAGGGCAGGCGCCGAUUGAUGAUGGCAGCUUUCCUGGGAACAUCUGCAGUUGCAGCAAGCACAGGCCUGUUAUGGAAGAGAGCCCAUGCAGAAUCUCCACCAUCAUUAAACAAAGACCUCAAGGAUGAUGAUAAUGAUGAGGACGAUGAGGAGAAUAAGGAUGAAGAAGCCUGUAAAAGCAGUCAUGUUCAUGGUCUACCAGAAGAGAAAAAGAAGAAGUGUUCUGGAUUCAGGGACCGAAAGGUGAUGGAAUAUGAGAACAGGAUUCGAGCCUACUCCACUCCUGACAAAAUUUUCCGAUAUUUUGCUACUUUAAAGAUUAUUAGUGAGCCUGGUGAGGCUGAAGUGUUUAUGACUCCACAAGAUUUUGUGAGAUCCAUAACCCCCAACGAGAAGCAGCCAGAACAUUUGGGCCUGGAUCAGUACAUAGUGAAACGCUUUGAUGGAAAGAAGUUAUCUCAGGAACGAGAGAAAUUUGCUGAUGAAGGCAGCAUAUUUUACACACUUGGAGAAUGUGGACUCAUCUCCUUUUCUGACUACAUCUUCCUCACAACCGUCCUUUCUACUCCUCAAAGAAAUUUUGAAAUUGCCUUCAAGAUGUUUGAUUUAAAUGGAGAUGGAGAAGUAGACAUGGAGGAGUUUGAACAGGUUCAGAGCAUCAUUCGCUCCCAAACCAGCAUGGGCAUGCGUCACAGAGAUCGCUCUACCACCGGUAACACCCUCAAACCUGGCUUGUGUUCAGCCCUAACAACCUACUUUUUUGGAGCUGAUCUCAAAGGGAAGCUGACCAUCAAGAACUUCCUGGAGUUUCAGCGUAAACUUCAGCAUGAUGUCCUGAGGUUAGAGUUUGAGCGUCAGGACCCUGUCAAUGGACGAAUCACUGAGAGGCAGUUUGGCGGCAUGUUGCUGGCCUAUAGCGGGGUCCAGUCCAAGAAGCUAAAAGUCAUGCAGAAGCAGCUCAAGAAACACUUCAAGAAUGGGAAGGGCCUGACAUUUGAAGAGGUGGAAAACUUCUUUACUUUCCUGAAGAACAUUAAUGAUGUGGACACUGCCCUGAGCUUUUACCACAUGGCAGGAGCAUCCCUGGAUAAAGUGACCAUGCAACAGGUCGCAAAGACUGUAGCUAAAGUGGAACUCUCAGACCAUGUGUGUGAUGUGGUGUUUGCACUCUUUGAUUGUGAUGGCAAUGGGGAGCUGAGCAACAAGGAGUUUGUUUCCAUCAUGAAGCAGCGGCUCAUGAGAGGCCUGGAGAAGCCCAAGGACAUGGGCUUCACCCGCCUCAUGAGAGCCAUGUGGAAGUGUGCUCAGGAGACUGCCUGGGACUUUUCCUUUCCCAAAUAAUGACCUGCAGCGCCUGGAGGGUGCAGACUGCCCCCCCACCCUCACCCCACCCCCGCAGCUCGUGCACCCUCCAGCAUGACUGAGGGGGUAUGGGGAAGGCCAGCCUGGCCCCUGGAAGUAUGCUUGUUCUCUUCAGAGGGCAGAACCCUGUCAACCACCUUUCUCCUCUUUUCCCAAGGCUUUAUCAACACAGGAGUUCUCUUUCUGCCUCCUUCACUGUCCUCCUCCCUAGAAUACCCUUCAUUGCUGGCUCCUCCUCUAUGUCAUGAAAUCAGGACUGUGACAGAUGUAGGCUGAAGGGCCUCCGAGCAGGCCUAGAGUUUUGAGGGCAGCAGUGAGAGACUGAGGAAUCUCCCCCAGAGGAAAUAUUUAAUCCUCCCUUUCCUUCCUGCAUUGCUUAUACCUUCACUAUAUUUUUUAAAGGAAGUUAUUUGCUUUACCCCUCACUCAUUUUUUUAAGAGAACUCCAUAUUGGGGGAAAACACUGAAUCUGUGACCAAUGGUAAUGAAGGAAACCCAGUCACUGUUGAAGGGUUUGACCAGAGGAAGAGUUUGUUGUAUGCUCCAGGCUGGCUUUCUCUCUUUCUUGCCUUGAGGAAGUAAUGUUCACCUAGAGGAAAAACCCGGCACCACCGAGCUCCCGAUCUGUAACCGACAAUGAGUGAAAAGCAUUGGGCUUGCCUCCCAAGCUUCUCUGGAAGAGUCAGCAGUGAUGCUCGACUUAAUGAGCACAAUGUGUUGUCUGUCUCCUCUCUGCUGCACGAUUUCUGAUUAUUUUCCCCUGGGGAGCUAUGGAACACUGCUGUACCACAACAGAGACCUAGAACAGGAUCCCUAUCUGUCCUUGGGCUUAAACUCUUCUAAACUAUCCCUUUAAUUACACAGUUUGCAAUGAAUCCUACAAGUGCUCCUGUUGCCUUCUUUCUCCCCACCCAAGCCUCACAGGCCUGAGUUCCCUGCUGGUAACAGGCAGUGACUGACUGACAGAAGUGUCAGUGUGAUAAGGAGGGGGUUGGGGAGCCCCCCCACCAGUAACAUGGCUGGGUCCCAGGGGUUCUGAACCCCUGGGGAUCUCUAGAGAGAUUUCAGGAGGGUAACUGAACUUGGAUGGAAAGAAAAAUGACAUCUUGAUUUUUCACUACCCUCUAACUAGAAUGAGUCAUUUCCUUCAGUUACUUAGAAACGUGAUCCUGAGAAGGGCUCCAGGGGCUUCACACAACUGCCCAAAGGCUCCAUGAGAACUCCUGCCUUAGACGUAUCAUUUCACCCCUAGGCCUCUGUUUCCUCAUUUGUAAGAUGAGGCGGCUGGACUAGAUCUGCCUUUGAGAUUAUUCUGGCUCUAAAGUUCUAUGAUUCUGUGAUCGAUUGGGAUUCCUUCAGCUUCCACAGAACCUCAGCUAAUUCGACCCAUGUGGCCAUGUAGGAUGUCUCUGUAGAUAGGCCUUGUGUGUAUAAUCCAAAAGUAUAAUGUAUAAGACAAUUGUUACAAUGCAGAGCUCACAGCAUGAGCAUCUGUGAGCAAUGAGCCCUUAUUAUCAAAGGGAGAAUAAAGUCCUGUGGGGAUCUUGGUGGAUCAACAAGGAAAGUCUGUAACACCAGCAUUUCCCUUGAAAUAGUUUGAAAAUCCCAGUUCUAGCAUCCUAUCCUGGGACAUACUAGAACAGUUUCUAACCUUUCUUUUUUCCUGAGGUCACCAUAUUUUCUGGCCUUGUCCAUUCUUGCUUCUUCCCUACUGAGAAAUUAUAACUUCUUCUGUUUGAACAACCAUGGGAGCCAGGUAAUGACUGCCCCUCCCAUCCAGCCCUACACAGGACACAAGGCAAGUGGGGGUUUCACCUAAGUUUCCAUAGUUCCCCCUGUCCACUCUUUCCUCCCUGCCUCUUCACCUCCUGUGUGGCAGAACGGGAUUCUUGGAACAAAUCAAAGAUGUAGAGACAGAAGAUGAAUGAGAAAACUUGCUGGGCCGGGUCCUGUGAACCUAAAAGCCCAAGACUAGAAAGAGACUGCUUCUGAGAAAGAGGGUGCCAAGCUCCAAAGGCCAGUACCAAGGAGCAAGUUAAGUGCCCCACACUCUCAGUCCUUACAAUGCUCCGAUCAAUGAGGAAACCAGAGAAGGUCUCCUCAUUCAAUAAACCUAAGUCCUGAGCUUCCAUUCUGUCAUCUUUCUGGUGUAACCAAAGUGCCCCUAAUCUGUGCUCUCUCUUAGCCCUCCCCCCAACACUCCAGGUGAAGAAGAUCAUGGCAUUAAGGCAAAAGAUUUCCCUCCUCAAUUUGCCCGAUAAGAGGAAAGGGGGGUUAGGCCAAAGAUAAAAAGACAAGAACCUUCUGUUCCUUCUGCUAGGAGGCUAAGGGCCAGUGUGACCCCACUCCACACAUGCUACUUCCUAGCACUUAUGCCUUGGAGAAAGUGCAGACGUCAGAUGAAAAAGGGCAUGAGGGCACAUCUAAAAGGCUGCACGCACCCUGCAGUCCAGAAAGAUGAAGGCUGAAGCCAGAUCUCAUGAGCGUGAAUAUAGAAGGGCCCAUGGGGGGUAUCUAGUCCAAGCCCUUCUUGGUACAUAGAGCUGAGGAAACUGAAGCCCAAGGAGAUUAUGAUUAUGACUGGCCCCUGUCAACAGAGUAAAAAUAGCAUCACCAAAGUUUCCCCACAAAUUUAGUACUACACCAAAUCAUUGUUGUUUGGUUGUUUGAGCCAUGCCUGACUCUCCAUGGCUACACUUGGGGUUUUCUUGGCAGAGAUACUGGAAUGGUUUGCCAUUUCCUCCUGUUCAUUUUACAGAUAGGGAAACUGAGGCAAGCAGGGUUAAAUGAUUUGUCCAGGGUUACACAGCUCCAAAGUGUCUGAGGCCACAUUUAAACUCAGAUCUUCCUGUCUCCAGGUCCAGUGCUCUAUCUGCUGUGCUACUAGCUGUCUGCAUACCUGAUUACCAAAGAGUUACUGUUAGACUGUUGGACAAAAUCAUUCAUUUGGAGGAAUAUCAAGAGACAUAAUGGGGUGUGGGGGGAGUGGAAGGAAUAAGACCAGGUUCUACUAAAUCUAAAACAGUACUUCAAAGCAGUAACCAAAACUACAUGGUACUAAAAUUCAAACAUGGGAAAGUAGAGUAGGCCACACAAAAGUGAGAAAUCAUGCCCAUGGGCCUCAGGUUCAAGAGCCAUUCACUCUUCAUUCCAGAAACACUUAUUAAGCACCAACUUUAUGCCAGGCACCAUGCCUAGGGGCUGUAAUGGAUACAAAAACAAACAGGUCCUCCUUUCCUCAAGAAGCUUACAUUCUGUGGGAGAAUCAUGUCCACAAAGAAAAAAAUAUAUGUACAAAGAAAUGGAGGGGGAGGGGGCUAACAACCGGGGGAUCUGGAAGGGCCUCAUGGAGGAGAUGGCAACCAAAUUGAGUCUUGAAGAGACUGGGAUUACUACUGAGAGAGGAGGCUUCAUCAGACCGGAACUUCUGGGAAGAGCAGAAAACAGACUGGUUAAAAGAGGUUCAGAUCAGCAACUAUCACCCUGCAACACAACAAAUCCCAAAUGAAUAAAUUAUCUAAAUAUAAAUGUCACUUUUACAAAUUAGAGAAUAAGUCAUAUAUUUUACAGUUAUGGAUAAAGAAAAAUAUAACCUGACAAGGAAUAGAAAAUAUUAUAAAAGGCAAAAUAGACAAUUAAAAUUUAAAAACUUUUUGUGAGUAAAAUGAAUAGGGCUAGAAUCAGAAGAAAAGAUAUGGCUGGAGAAAAAAAAUCAUAUUCAGUACUGAUAUGAGUGAUAUCCAAAAUCUAUAGGAAAUUGAUACAUGCUUGCUUGAAAGCCAUCCUCUAAAAGACAAGGGGUCAAAAGAAAUGGAAGAAGCAAUUUUCCUAAGAAGAUCGAGUCUAUUUAUAGCCAUCUGAAAAUAUGUUCAACGUCACCACUAAUUAGAAAAGUGCAAAUUAAAGCAAUCCUAAGCAAUCCUGAGAUGUCACCUCAUACCCAUAAAGACAGCAAAGAUGCUCCAAGAUGGCGAAACCGGUUGGAGGAUCUGUGGGGAGACAGGACAAUAAUUUACUGCUGAUAGAGCUGUAAAUUGGCUUAGCUGUUCUGGAAAAUAAAUUAGGAUUAUGAAAGAAAAGUCACUAAAUAAUUCAUACUCAGGCCCAAAGACUCCGUUCCAGGGACCAUAGCUGAAGGAGAUUACUGGCAGCAAGCAGAGACCCACAGGUACAAAAAUGUUCAUUGCAGUGUUAUAACAAAAAAGCUGAAAACAAAUAUAUACCCAAUAUUCAGGGACUGGCUGAACAAAUUGUGGUAUGUGAAUGUGAUGGAUUAUUACUAUGCCACAAAGAAAGCAGAGCCAAGAGAACAAUAUAAAGAAAUGACAAUGCAAAGAAAGCUGUGAUAGAGGCAAGAAAAUUGUGGUCAAAUACAAUGCCAGAUGUUAAUACUGUGCUGCCAAAGGUGACACUCCUUUAUGUUAAUCAUCAAUAAACUAUUUUAGGGAGAAUGGA